UAAGGGGAAAUAUAGCAAAUAAAAAGGGCACACUGCAGCACACACAUAAUAAGCAAAGGUGCUCCUAAAGUUUCGAGGAUUGACACUGCUGCUUGAUUCUCUCUUUUCCAUAUCCAAAAUUAGCAGGAAGAUCAGUUUAUCAAUUUCUCGUUUUUAAAUUAUCAGACUAAUGGCCACAUAUUUCUACCCAUCAGCUUAACUUUCCAUCAUAUUAACACAAACUAACAUUAUCUCACCUUUGAUUUGUUUCUUCGUUUCUGAAUUCAUGGAACUCUCCCUUCUCGCAAUUGCAAUUUCAGCUUUCAUUGUCACCACACAAGCCGCUCCUGGUGCAGAUAAUAUUAUUGAAUUCAGUUAUUCGGGCGCUAAAGGGCCUGAUAAGUGGGGAAGCCUCGACCCCAAGUUUAAGACAUGCUCAGAUGGUAAAGCACAGUCUCCAAUUAACAUUCUGCAUAGCAAGGCAGCUCAGGGCACCAACAUGACCUUGAACAGAAAGUAUAUACCCGCCACGGCUACCUUGGUUAACAAUGGCUUCAAUGUCGGGAUACAUUUUGAAGAAAAUGCCGGUGUUAUAGGCGUAGAUGGCAAGGAUUAUCGUCUCCAACAAAUUCAUUGGCGCACUCCAUCUGAGCACAAUAUAAAUGGGAAAGCAUAUGACGCGGAGCUUCAAUUGCUUCACAAGGCUGAUGACGGGAGCAUUUUUAUGGGUGCCAUUCUUUACCAAAUUGGCAAUGGCGAUAUAGUUCUCACCAAGAUACACAGAAAAUUAGAAGAGCUAGGUAGAGAAAAAUGUGGAGGCGACGAACAUGCUCGUAUUGAUCUUGGGAAGUUGGACCCGAACCCGCUGAGAAAAUGUACUCGCAGGUAUUUCAGAUACCAGGGCUCUUUCACCACGCCUCCAUGUACCGAAAACGUUAUUUGGCACGUCUUUGAAAAGGUAAGGACUAUAUCUAAACAACAACUAGAGUUGUUGAAGGCUCCAAUGUUACCGGCAUUUAAAAGCAACUCAAGACCUGUGCAACCAGAUAACGGCCGACAGGUCGUGCUUAAUUAUGAUCAGAGGAUGAAGAGCUAGAUGGAUCGAUUACUAAGUUCUGAUUUUAGUUGUUAGUUAACAAAAGAACAUUAAGAACUAAUUAGCAUCAAAUUAUAGGAUAUUAGGACUCCUGGUACUAUAAGUUAGUUGUCAUAGCUACAAGGCUGAAGAGUAUGACAGGAUCAAGAUGCGAAACUUCGACGUAGAGGCCAGUAAACAAGUCACCACUAUCAUAGUAAACUAUGCAACCACUUUAGCACUUCCAAUUAUUGUAAAAUAUUUAUCUUGUUUUCAAGCUCGUCUCUUUCCAUUUUUUUAAGGGCUUAAAUUUUAUUAGGCAUUAUUAUGUAUUUGUGUGUACGAACACAUCAUUUUAAUAUGACAAAAAGGAGAUGGAAAUAAUUAAAGAGGGCAAA